GAGCUCGUCGAUUGGCGGGUGAGAAUCGGUGCCUGCAGUGAGUGACUGUCAGCGACAGCUUGUUCCGUGGGUCUGUGGUUCUCUUCUGUGGGCCAGUACCAUGCUGGAACUGUACGGAGUACGGAGUACACUGUUGGUAGCACUAAUUCAGCUUCUGCUUAUAUCUAUUCUCGCUGACGUCAAUUUCACGUCUACCCCUCCAUCAACAGGAACCGUCCCAAACUUUCCAUCAAUCGCCUAUUGGAUUAACUCGGCAUUAAACUUGAUUCUCUGUCAAAAAUCCAGUUGGAUACGAUGGAUUCCUCAAUCUAUAGACACUUGCGUGCAUUGCCUUAGAGUAACUAAAGGCAGCUAGUACCGUCGGUCGUGACGCAACCCCGCGGCGAUUGC